AUGUGUAUUUGACGCCGACGGCCAACCAAGACAUAUUCAUUUGGUGACUUUUCUUUUGUCUCAGACCACACUCGACCGACGACCUUCUCUCUCUCUCUGUUCGGUCUCUGCUCUGUAUCACUGUCUUCUUGUCUCCCUCUGCGAUUUGGGUUCAGACUUUUGUAAUUGGAGUGAAAAUGUAUGGAGGAGGUACACAAAACAGUUUGAGGAAAGCACUUGGAGCCAUUAAGGAUUCGACCACCGUCAGUUUGGCAAAAGUAAAUAGUGAUUACAAGGAGUUGGAUAUUGCAAUUGUUAAGGCCACAAAUCAUGUUGAGCGUCCAGCGAAAGAAAAGUACAUAAGAGCUAUUUUUGCAGCGAUUUCAGCUACAAGGCCUCGAGCUGAUGUUGCAUAUUGCAUACAUGCCUUGUCUCGGCGAUUGUCAAAGACACAUAACUGGGCGGUUGCAUUGAAAACUUUAAUAGUUAUUCAUCGGGCUUUGAGGGAAGUGGACCCCACUUUCCAUGAAGAACUUAUCAACUAUGGAAGGAGUAGAAACCAUAGAAACCAUAUGCUCAACAUGGCCCAUUUCAAAGAUGAUUCCAGUCCCAAUGCAUGGGAUUAUUCUGCUUGGGUUCGCACUUAUGCCUUAUUUUUAGAAGAGAGGCUGGAAUGCUUCAGUGUAUUGAAAUAUGAUGUUGAGAGUGAGCGCCCUAGAACUAAAGAUUUGGACACUCCGGAAUUGCUUGAGCAGUUGCCAGCAUUGCAGCAGCUUCUAUUUCGUGUUCUUGGUUGCCAGCCACAAGGAGCAGCGGUUCAUAAUUUUGUGAUUCAAUUAGCACUCUCUAUGGUUGCUUCUGAAAGCAUUAAAAUCUACAAUGCUAUCAGUGAUGGUGUCGUAAAUUUGGUCGACAAGUUCUUUGAAAUGCAACGACAUGAUGCUCUUAAGGCUUUGGAUAUAUAUCAGAGGUCAGGGAAACAGGCAGAGAGAUUGUCGGAGUUUUAUGAAAUAUGCAAAGGCCUUGACAUUGGGCGUGGAGAAGCAUUUACUAAGAUUGAGCAGCCACCUGCAUCAUUUGUACAAGCCAUGGAAGAGUAUGUGAGAGAAGCUCCACGAGCUUCAACAGUUCGCAAGGAUCGGGGGGCUGAAGAUAAAACUGCUACUUCCAAGACAAUCUUAGCUAUAGAGUACAAAAAGACUUCAGAGGUGCAGGAGGCACGUCCACCAUCCCCACCUCAACCAAAACCAGAACCAGAACCAGAACCAGAACCAGUUAAGGUGGAAGCUCCUGUCGUCGAACCACCGGAUCUGCUGGGUUUGAAUGAUCCUGUUCCAGGUGCUUCAGAAUUAGAUGAGAAGAAUGCUCUGGCUUUGGCUAUUGUGCCUAUCAUUGAUCAAUCAACUCCCGCUGCCCUGACUCCUGCAAAUGGAACAACUGGCUGGGAAUUGGCCCUUGUUACUGCUCCUAGCUCAAAUGAGAGUGCCACAACUUCUACCAAACUGGGGGGAGGUUUGGACAAACUCAUGCUAGACAGCCUUUACGAUGAUGCAAUAAGGAGAAGCAACCAGAAUGUGAGCUACAACCCGUGGGAACCAACCCCGAUGGCCAAUCCCAUGAUGCUGCAAACAGCACAUGAUCCGUUCUUUUCCUCCAACUCGGUGGCGGCCCCACAUUCCGUGCAAAUGGCAGCCAUGGCCAACCAACAACAAGCUUUCAUGUACCAGCAGCAGCAGCAGCAACAACAGAUGAUGAUGAUGAUGAUGAGCCCACAGCAACAACAACCAUUAAAUCCUUACAAUAACCCAUACGGAGCCAGCAUUCAACAACCCUACGGCUCUGGUGUUCCUGUCCCUGCCUACAAUCCAUACACGGGACUCAUGUAAACACACACCGUGCAUAGAAAUGCUGUUGUUUUUGCUUGAAACAUAACGAAGAAAAACGUGGAGGUAGAGCAAGUUUUGGAUAUCAAAACCAGGGAGAGUUGAACAGAUAGACAAGACGUGUAUCAUAUGUUGUGCUAGUGACCUGAGCUAGGGUGAGAUUGGCGAGGGACGACUUUGGAUCGCUGAUUAUUUAUAUGGAUGAAGGUGGUAAUAAAUGUUCUGGGACUAUAACAAUUUUUUUUAACCUGCUUAUUUGUACUUCUUGAUGAUGAAGCAGGUUUCUUUUUUCUUGCCGGGUUUCUUUCUUUUUUUUUUUUGCCCUCCAUUUUUUUGUUGUGAUUAUCGCUUACACAUUUUUAUGUAUUGAGCAUACCAGGCUUGAAUAGUGAUUCUUGGUUAUUCUUGGUCUAUUGACUGCCUGUUAAUAUAUUGUUCAGAACGAAUCAUAAGCUGAA